GUGAGGUACAAUGCAAGAGGCGGUUUCAGAAAUCUUCACUAAAACAGAACAGAAUCCGAAAGCAGUUGUGAGCUUCCGCAUUCAUGGCUUCCACUCCCGGAAUCCUCACUGAUUGGCCAUGGACACCUCUCGGAACCUUCAAGUAUGUGGUUUUGGCUCCAGGAUUUAUCUACAGCAUCUACCAGUACAUAGUAAGGGAUGAAGCGGAGAGAGAUACUUCCAGUCUUGUUGUUAUCCCGCUUCUUUUGUGGAGAAUGAUUCAUAACCAGAUAUGGAUUUCUAUUUCUCGUCAUCGAACUGCUAAAGGCAAUGCUCGGAUCGUAGACAAGGGCCUUGAAUUCGAUCAAGUUGAUAGAGAAAGAAAUUGGGACGACCAAAUUUUGUUGAAUGGAGUUCUGUUUUAUCUAGUAGCCAACUUAACGGCGAAAGGUCGGAAUCUACCUCUAUGGAGGACAGAUGGAGUGGUUAUUACAUUUCUACUACACGCAGGCCCAGUGGAGUUUCUUUAUUAUUGGCUUCACAGAGCUCUGCACCAUCAUUAUCUAUAUUCUCGCUACCAUUCUCAUCAUCAUUCCUCCAUUGUUACAGAGCCAAUCACUUCUGUGAUUCAUCCAUUUGCGGAGCACUUGACUUAUUUUCUGCUUUUCGCCAUUCCAAUGUUGACGGUACUGUUUACUGGAACUGCUUCUUUGUCGGUCUACAUCUUAUACCUUACAUACAUUGAUUUCAUGAACAACAUGGGGCACUGCAACUUUGAGAUCAUCCCCAAUCGUCUCUUCACCCUCUUUCCACCUCUCAAAUACUUUCUCUACACUCCUUCGUUUCAUUCACUGCAUCAUACGCAAUUCCGGACGAACUACUCCCUCUUUAUGCCUCUGUAUGAUUACAUUUACGGCACACUGGACAACUCUUCAGAUUCUUUGUACGAAAAAUCCCUGAAAAGAGAGGAAGAAGUUGCUGACGUGGUUUAUCUCACUCAUCUUACAACUCCUGAAUCCAUCUACCAUCUACGGUUAGGAUUUGCCGAUCUGGCCUCCAGGCCCCACACUUCCACUUGGUUUACGUGGUUCUUGUCUCCCAUUACCAUAGGGUCCAUGUUGUUGACUUGGAUUUAUGGCCGCACAUUUGUCGUUGAAAGGAACCAAUUUGAAAAGCUCAAGAUGCAAACAUGGGCCAUCCCCAAGUUCAAUGUUCAGUACUUCCUUCAAUGGCAAAAACAAGCAAUAAACAGCUUGAUUGAAGAUGCUAUAGUAGAGGCAGAUCAAAAGGGUUGCAAAGUCUUGAGUUUAGGUCUCUUGAAUCAGGGAGAGGAGCUGAACAUAUAUGGAGGGCUUUAUGUGCAAAGGAACCCUAAGCUAAGAGUUAGGGUGGUGGAUGGGAGUAGUCUGGCUGUGGCUGUUGUUCUCAAUAGUAUCCCCAAAUCUGCCACCCAAGUUCUCUUGAGAGGCAAACUUACAAAAGUGGCUUAUGCCCUUUCUUAUUCUCUCUGCCAAAGAGGCAUUCAGGUAGCUGUGUUACAUGAGGAAGAAUACAGGAAACUCAACAAAUCAUUCAACACUAAAUUUGAGAGCAGUCCAGUGCUUUCAAAAGGCUAUUCUCAAAACAUAUGGUUAGUAGGAGAUGGACUGACAAACGAAGAACAGAUGAAGGCACCAAAAGGAACGACUUUCAUUCCCUUCUCGCAGUUACCUCCAAGGAUUGUACGCAAAGAUUGCUUCUACCACUGCACCCCUGCUAUGAAGGCUCCUCGUUCUAUUGAAAAUGUGCAUUCUUGCGAGAACUGGUUGCCAAGAAGAGUGAUGAGUGCAUGGCGUAUUGCGGGCGUAGUGCACGCAAUGGAAGGGUGGACAGAGCACGAGUGUGGCUACACGAUGUCGAACAUCGAUCAAGUCUGGAAAGCAACUCUUCGACACGGUUUUCAGCCUGUUCCCACUCCCACUCCCUGUGGCUCUAUGUAAUGAUCAUCUAAUUAAAUCACCUUAAUGUUAUGCUUUUUACGUAUAAAUAUGUGUGUAUGCGUUUCUGUUUUGAAAAUAUUACUAGGGGAAAAUCAUAUCACUAUAUGAACCUAUGAAUAUUAUGUAUGAAUCUAAGAUAUAUAGAUAUAUAUAUAUAUAUAAAAGUCAGUUUUAUAAUUCAA